AUGUCUGAAACGCCGGCAGUUGGCAUCGACUUGGGCACGACCUACUCGUGCGUCGGAGUCUUCCACAAUGGGAAGGUCGAGAUUAUCGCGAACGACCAAGGGAACCGUACAACUCCCAGCUACGUCGCGUUCACGGACGCCGAGAGGUUAAUCGGCGACGCCGCCAAGAACCAAGUAGCCAUGAAUCCUACCAACACGAUUUUCGAUGCGAAGAGGCUGAUUGGCAGACGGUACGAUGAUCCAUCAGUCCAGGCUGACAUGAAACAUUGGCCGUUCACGGUUGUUAAUGACGGAGGAAAGCCGAAAAUUCGCGUCCAGUAUAAAGGCGAAACGAAAUCUUUCUUUCCCGAGGAGAUCUCCUCGAUGGUUCUGACGAAAAUGAAGGAAACUGCGGAAGCUUAUUUAGGAAAGACCAUCACGAACGCCGUUAUUACGGUACCGGCGUAUUUCAACGACUCCCAGCGUCAGGCGACCAAGGACGCCGGUACUAUCUCCGGCUUGAAUGUCCUGAGGAUCAUUAACGAGCCGACCGCCGCGGCUAUUGCUUACGGCCUCGACAAAAAGGGACGCGGUGAAAGGAACGUUCUGAUCUUCGAUCUCGGCGGCGGUACUUUCGACGUAUCGGUACUGACUAUCAACGAUGGCAUAUUCGAGGUGAAAGCAACAGCCGGCGACACCCACCUGGGAGGCGAGGAUUUCGACAAUCGAAUGGUGACACACUUCUCCGAAGAGUUCUCGAGGAAGUUCAAGAAGGAUCUGACGAAGAACAAGCGGGCGGUCCGACGACUGAGAACGGCCUGCGAGCGGGCAAAGAGAACCCUGUCGUCGUCGACGCAGGCCAGCCUCGAGAUCGACUCUCUCCUCGACGGGAUCGAUUUUUACACGUCGAUCACGCGCGCCCGUUUCGAGGAACUGAACCAGGAUCUCUUCAAGAGCACCCUGGUCCCUGUCGAGGAGGCUUUGCGCGAUGCCAAGAUGGAGAAAUCGCAGAUCCAAGACAUAGUACUCGUGGGCGGCUCCACGAGGAUCCCAAGGAUACAGCGACUGCUUCAGGACUUCUUUUACGGGAAGGAUCUUAACAAAUCGAUAAACGCGGACGAAGCGGUGGCUUAUGGGGCAGCCGUGCAGGCGGCCAUAUUGCAUGGGGACAAGUCCGAGGCGGUUCAGGACCUGCUGCUCCUGGACGUGACCCCGCUCUCCCUCGGGAUCGAGACUGCCGGCGGCGUGAUGACUGCCCUCAUCAAACGCAACACCACGAUCCCGACCAAACAGAAACAGACUUUCACUACCUAUUCGGACAGUCAGGCGAGCGUCCUGAUCCAGGUUUACGAGGGCGAGAGGGCGAUGACCAAGGACAACAACCUCUUGGGAAAAUUCGAACUUUCCGGGAUCCCGCCGGCACCACGCGGUAUACCUCAAAUCGAGGUGACCUUCGACAUCGACGCAAAUGGUAUCCUGAACGUAUCCGCGGCUGAAAAAUCGACGCAGAAGGAAAACAAGAUAACGAUAACCAACGACAAGGGGCGGCUUACCAAAGAGGACAUCGAGAGAAUGGUGCAAGAGGCGGAGAUGUACCAUACGGAGGACGAGACUCAGAGGGACAGAAUCGCGACCAAGAACAACCUCGAGGCAUAUUGUUUCAACAUGAAGAACACGGUGGAGGACCCGAAGAUCAGGGAGAAGAUCGCGGAGGGCGACCGGGCACGCAUCUCGGAGAAAUGUAACAACGUCAUCAAGUGGUUGGAUAGCAAUGCUUCCGCUACCAAGCAGGACUUUGAAGCUAAACUGAGGGAAGCCGAAAGCGUUUGCAAACCAAUUAUAAAAAGGUUCUAUGGAAGUGUGAAUCCAGAAGCGUUCAAAGGAUGCGAUCAAGCCGGUAGUCCUUCGGACGGUCCAACGAUAGAGGAAGUAGAGUGA